AUGAGCCUGUCAGCCGAUAUGGGCCUCUCACUCUGGGUUAUUCCGUCUCCCGGUGAAUACGAGCGACUAAAGCCAGUUCUCGAUGAUUUAGCAAAGCACGGAAAGGGCCCUGCCUUUCAACCGCACGUUACUCUAGUUUCAGUUCCGACAUCCAUACCCCUUCCUUUCCCGUCCCUUGGCUUUGACAAAACACCCUCCAUGACUCUGCCUUUUCUAAAUGUUCGGACAGGUCAAUCAUACUUCCAGUCGGUCCUGAUCGCCAUCGACCCCACCCCGGAACUUGGCAACCUCCAUGACUCUGUCCGACAGGCACUAAAUCACCCGCUACCUCCUGGCGGAACAUACUUCCCUCACCUGUCUCUCUUCUAUGGAGGCGAUCAAGAAUUAAAAGAGUCGUUGGUACGGAGGCUGUUCGAUCAAGGAACAGCAGUGCCCAGUGAGAGUAAAUCUGGAGAUAUAGUCGCUGGUAUCUCCGAAAUUCACGUCGAAGAAAUUUGGUUGGUACGAACCGAAGGACCGCCAGAGGCGUGGGAAGUAAUAGAGAAAUGGAAGCUUGGUACUGAUAUCUCUAACUGA